AUGUCUAACCCUGGUGAGUUCCCCCAAUUGAAGAAUGACCUCAUUUUGAGAACAUUGAGAGGUGAAAACGUAGAGAGACCACCAUGCUGGAUUAUGAGGCAGGCUGGGAGGUACCUGCCAGAGUACCACGAGGUGAAGGGGUCCCGGGACUUUUUUGAAGUUUGUAGAGACGCAGAGGUCGCUGCUGAGAUCACUAUCCAGCCAGUGAGAAGGUAUAGAGGGUUGAUCGAUGCGGCAAUCAUCUUCAGUGAUAUCUUGGUCAUACCGCAGGCAAUGGGGUGCGUCGUUGAGAUGGUGGAGGGGAAGGGCCCCUCGUUCCCUCAACCUCUACGGACUGAACAGGACGUCCAGAGGGUGUUGGAUUACGAGGUAGACAUCACGAAAAGUCUUAAGUGGGCAUUCGAUGCUAUUACUUUGACAAGGCAUAAAUUGGAAGGUGAAGUACCUUUGUUCGGGUUCUGUGGUGGACCUUGGACACUGCUGGUGUACAUGGUUGAAGGGGGUGGGUCCCGUCUGUUUAGAUUUGCUAAACAGUUGAUCAAUGAACACCCAGAUUUGGCACACCAACUACUGCAAAAGAUUACAGAUGUCGCGAGCGAGUUUCUAGCAAGACAGGUCAUUGCCGGUGCACAGGUCUUGCAGGUCUUCGAGAGCUGGGGUGGUGAACUUUCAUCAAUGGAUUUCGACGAAUUCUCUCUGCCGUACUUGAAACAGAUUGCAAGCGGGGUCCCCAAACACUUGGCCAAACUGAACUACACUGGAGACAAGAUCCCCAUUAUUGUGUUUGCCAAGAAUUCGUGGUACGCACUGGACAAACUAUGCGAUUCAGGUUACGAUGGAGUGUCUCUAGACUGGUCGUGGGAUCCAAAAGAAGCUGUCAAAAUAAAUAACGGCAGAGUUACUCUACAAGGUAACUUGGACCCAGGUGUCGUGUAUGGAAGUGACGCCACCAUCACCAAGAAAGUGUCCUCGAUGAUCAAGGGCUUCGGCGGUGGGAAGCAGAAUUACAUCGUGAACUUCGGACACGGCACACACCCUUUCAUGGACACAGAAAAGAUCAAAUUCUUCUUGGAAGAGUGCCAUAGAAUUGGCUCACAGUAA